AGAAUCUUAAUAUCACUGGUUGUAACAUUUGCACUUUCGUGGAAUUUGCAUAAUAAAUAUCUGCACUUUCUUGGAAUUUACCCUGUCCUUAUAAAAUAUUCAUAAUACUAGAAAAGAAUAAAAAGAAAAGCAAGAACCUCUCGUCGAUCGUAAGGCAAAAGAAAAAGCCAUCAUCCUCGUUCACUCUCCUCUAUCGCCGUCUCCCUUCCUCCUUGACUCGCCGUUUACCUGCCGACUUACCGUUUUCAGUCGUCUUUCUCAGCCUCUAUCAUCCCUGCUUCAGAUCUCGCAGAGGCAUUAUUUACUACAUCUUGACAUUGAAGCACAAGUGAGGGAAACUAGUGAAACCAACUUACAUUAUUGAUAACCUGUAGAGUUUCAGAGCUUACUUAGGUACACCUGCAUUUAAGAAGAACCUUUAAACAAAUACUCAAAAAGGUGGGAAGGGUGAAGAGUCAUCAACACACAACUCAUAAUGGUUGUUCUAUCUGAACUUCCAGAAGCAUCUUCAUCAACUCAUGGCCAUAGUCCAUCAACUUGUGGUCCUAGUUCAUCAACCGAUGGUUAUAGAUAUGAUGUAUUUUUAAGUUUUAGAGGUGUUGACACCCGUCUUAGUUUUACUAAUUAUCUGUAUGAGGCUCUUAUAGAUGCCAAUAUCAAUACCUUCUUGGAUGAUGAAGAGAUUGAAACAGGGGAAGAUCUUAAACCUGAAUUAGAGAGUGCAAUUAAGGCAUCUCGGGCUUCUAUUAUUGUGUUGUCUAAGAACUACGCUUCUUCAACAUGGUGUCUGGAUGAACUGGUGUUGAUCCUUGAGCAGCGUAUCACAUCCAACCACAUUGUCAUCCCCAUAUUUUAUCAUGUGGAGCCCACCCAUGUCAGGAAGCAACAAAGUAGCUUUGGAGAGGCAAUGACUAAACAUAAACAGAAAAUGGAUGAAGAGACGGAUGAAAAUAAAAGAAGUCAAUGGGGUCAAAAGAUAGAGAGAUGGAAUAAAGCACUUAUCCAAGUUGCUAAUUUAAAAGGAAAUGACAUCAAUGGAAGGUUUGAGACAGAGUUUAUUGAAGAAAUUGUGAAGGACAUCUACCGUAGAUUACGUGUACCCUUAUUACAGAGUUUUCAGCCACUACUUAUUGGGAUGAAGUCUUCCAUUAACUUCAUCACUUCAUGGUUGACAGAUGUAUCCUCACUUACGUCAGACAUACUCACUAUUUCGGGUAUAGGCGGGAUCGGGAAGACAUCUUUAGCCAAACAUGUCUUUGGGUUAUAUUGUCAUGAGUUCCAAACAAGCAGCUUUAUUGAAGAUAUUGGUAGGAGAUGUGAUGGAAAGUAUAAUGGGCUGCUUGAUAUACAAAAACAACUUUGCGGUGACAUUUCAAAAACAAGUCCAGUUCAAGUUUAUGAUGUUUCAAAAUACACAUCAAUGAUAGAGAAUGUAGUAGCUCGUAAAAGGGUGUUUCUUGUUCUUGAUGAUAUCAAUAGUAUUGAUCAGUUGGACGCAUUACUUGGAAGCAAAGGUUUUCAUUCAGGAAGCAAAGUUAUAAUAACGACAAAGGACAGAUGGUUGACAGAGAGUUGUGCACUAUUCAAAACAAACAUUAAACCCAAGCAUGUAAAACACUUCCUUGAAGGCUUAGAUAAGAUUGAAUCACAACAACUUUUGUGUUCCCAUGCAUUCAUGUGUGACCAUCCCAAGGAAGGUUAUGAAGAGGUUUCAGAUAAGCUUGUGGAUUAUUGUCAAGGACAUCCAUUGGCUCUUGAAGUUUUGGGUAAGUCUCUGCAUAAUCGAGAUGUGACGUACUGGGAAGGGUACAUGGAAGGGCUAAAGAAAGAAAUUAGCUCCCCUGUAAAUAAUGUCAUAAAAAUGAGCUUCAGCUCUUUGCCAUCCAAAAAUGAUAAGGAAUUGUUUAAGCAUAUUGCUUGUUUUUUUGUUGGAAUGUAUAGAGAUGUUAGCGAAACAAUAUUAGAGGCAUGUGAUAUAAACACAAGAUCCGGAAUCACGAAUCUCAUUGAUAGAUGUCUUCUUAGUAUUGGAUCGAAUAAUGAAUUGAAGAUGCAUCAGUUGGUUCAAGAGAUGGGAAGAUUCGAAGUACAUCAAGAAUCACCUGAUAAGCCAUGGAAGCGAAGUCGAUUAUGGUGUCAUAAGGAGUCAUUCAAGGUGUUGAAACAAAAAAAGGGUAAGGGAAAUCUUCUAGGCCUUUCCCUUGACAUGCACAUGCUUGAGAAAGAGAAGUUGAGAGGAUCAUUUGAGCUGAAGACGGAUGCCUUGAGUAACAUGGAUAAUCUUAUGAUACUACAACUCAAUUAUGUGCAAAUGCAUGGGUCUUAUGAGAACUUUCCAGAAGAAAUAAGAUGGUUAUGUAUGCAUGGGUUUCAUUCAAAGUCUAUACCUUUAAACUUACCUAUAGAGAAUCUUGUUGCUCUUGAUAUGUCAUAUAGCAAUAUUGAAUCAUUUGUCGGUUGUUAUAGUAAUCCACAACGACUUGAGAAGAGGCAAAGGGUGGAUGGAUCGUGCUUAAAAGAGAAAAGGUUGUUUGGUUCACUGAAGAUUCUUAUUUUAAGUUUUUGCAAACAACUUCAUAGUGUUGGUGACUUUGACCAACUCCCUGCACUUGAGAGGUUAAUACUUAGGAACUGCAUUGGUUUGGUUGAUGUUUGUGAAUCAAUUGGGCAAUGUGUUGAGCUUAUCUUCAUCGAUCUGAGUUACUGCACGAAGCUUGAAAAACUUCCAAGAAAUAUAGACAUUUUAGAGAAGGUUAAAACAAUGUUGCUAGAUGGUUGUAAUCUUGUUGAAUCUCGAAUCAAGAAUAUGGAUGUGGAUUCAGUGGAAAUGUGCACGGUUACAAACAUUGGCAUCAACACAGCCUUUGUGGGUUCUAUACCACGUGAUUUGAAGUCCUCUGCAAUGUCUUUACCGAAGUCUUUAGUAAGGUUGUCACUUGCAAAUAAUAAUAUAUCUCAUGACUCCUUUCCCGUGGACUUUAGUUGCCUAUCCAUGUUAAAGGAAUUAUAUUUAGAUGACAAUCCUAUCAAUUCCAUGCCUAGUUGUGUGAGAACCCUUCCUAGACUUGAGAUACUUAGUAUGGAGAUGUGUAAAAAUUUGAAGUCAGUCGAGUAUCCUCCACGUACACUAAAACAGUUGUUUCUUGACGUUGCUUAUGGGUAUCCUAUAGAGAAAGUUGUAUUUGAUCCAGAAAUGUCCCCACUCCAGUUAUCAAUAGACCCGUUAGACUGGACAUCUUCACUUGGGUUGAAGGAUUACGGAAUUGAAGGUGUGAUCAAAAUCCAAACAAUGAUGAUUGUUGAAGAAAAGGUAUUACGUAGUUUGGGCUGGAUUAAUUUAGACUUCCUCAACGAAAGGCGUGUGGGAACUAAUUCUUCAGAAUCUGAAAUCCAGAUGAUGUUUUAUGAAUUUGGAAUAUUUAGCAUGUUGUAUGAGGCUGAGGAGAUGCCGGGUUGGAUUAGGCAUAGAAGCUUGGGGCCAAUAAUAUCAUUUACCAUCCCAUCAUCAUCAUCAUCAUCAUCAUCAUCAUCAUCUCCAAACAACCUCCUUACAGGGCUCAACUUCUGCUCUCUGCACACAUUAAACCUUCUUGAUGAGGAGUUGGAUUUAUCAGAUGAUGAUCUUUUGCCUUGGACGCCAAUGAUGACAAUUAGUAAUAUAACAAAAAAACGUACGUGGAUAUAUGAACGUUAUGUGGACAGAUUUAGUGAAACUCUGAAUUGUUGGGUAAUAUUAAGUCACUGGAUGUUUGGGAAGAAUGAGAUGGAGGUUGGUGACCACAUUACUAUCACUGUUACACCGCAACGACAUGAACUUCUAAUGAAGGAUGAGGUUAUAAAGGAGUGUGGGGUGAGUUUUGUGUAUGAAAAUGGAGAGAAGAAGGAUGAAGAAGAAGAAGUGUUAGGUUAUUACAAGUCAUGGAAUCACAUAAUUGGUGGAGAUCUCUCUCCUUUUCAAACAACAACAGGACAAUACAUCCUAUGCAACAGGCGAUUUUAUGAUUCUGGCAUUAGAUUGUGGCCAUAUCAUCGUAAAUUCGUUCAGGACGACCCCGACUUUCAAGCACAAAAGGAAAAGUGUUGGUUUAGAGCUUUAUCCCCGAGGAAGCUUGACAUACUUGGUCGUGCAUGUGAGAGUUAUAACCUUGCAAUGGAUGCUUGCUUGAGAAAGACAACGUCAAAACAUAGUUCGGGCAGAUACGAUGGGGCAUGAACUUUGUAUUGUUUUCUCUAACUACUUAAUCUUAGAAUGGGAGCCAACAAAUUACGGAUACCUAAUUCCUUCAUUUUUUUUGGAACAGCAAAUCUACACUACUCCUAAACUAUUCCUAGUUCCUUCAAUUAGGGCUCUAAAUUCGGUGUUUUUGGUUGUUAUCAAGAUCUUUUGGUUUUUAUUUAAUUUAGUUAUCUCUACCCUCAAUCUCAUACAAUGCCUCUAUUGUACUUCUUUACUACAGUCUUGGUCUUUGCCUUAAGGACCUCCUCCUCAUUUUGAACUUCCACCAAUUCAUUUACCUACAUAUCAUUUUCCUCCACUUUUUGAAUUUGAAUCGAUUUCUCUACAUAUGUUUAGAGUCGACAUUUGCAAAAUGCUUUUUGAAUUCAAUAAUAGAAAUAUUAGAGUUGGAAAAAUAAAAUACUUGAUCCUUUUGAUGAGUUUGUUGAUAUCGGAUUAGCGACCCUAAGGAAGAUGUAGGCUUGUUUAUUAGAGUCCUCCUCCUCAUUAGAUGAUGACCAAAUCUCCACUUCAGUUGAUAAUUCUCCACCACAUUUCUCCCAUGUACGCUUUCUCAUUCAUCUCGGCUUCUUGAUAUUUCUAGAAAUAAUAUGAUCCAUGCUUCACCACUUUUUUUGCAUUGCAUCAUUGAAUUCCCUCUAACCAAUGGCAAUGGUCCCCACCACAUUGUAUUGGACUUUGAAGAAUCAGCUUUUUGUGUUAUGCUACUUCUC